AAGUUAUUUCCGGUGUCACAGAAAUAAGGGCCGGGUGGGGGGACGGUGACCUGGGAACGAGGCCCUCUUAACCGGAGGGAGGGGAGGCAUUCUUUCUGAGUAACGCGCACGACUCUGCGCUGGCCUUUGUUCGAUUUAUUUGCAGGCCGCCGUUCUGCCCGCCAGCAGUAGCCUGCAUGGCCAAUCGGGAAGGUCACAGGCUCGCCCUACCUGCUUUGAAACUUCCGUCAUCAAAGGGUUAUUAUUUACAAAGACUGGGAGAAAAGUUUUGAGGUGGGGAGGGGGAAGUAUGUGCGAUUUGUUACCAGAAAACGAGGGGCCCACACUAGAAUAGAAUAGAAAUACUUUAUUGUCACUGUACCACUUGUUCUCAAUGCUACCAACAUGAGUCUGACCAAACUGCGGGAGGCAGUGGAAGACAAGAGUGCCUGGCGUGCUCUGGUCCAUAGGGUCACGAAGAGUCGGAAACGACUAAACAACAACAACAACCACUUAUUUACAGUGAGAUUAAAGGAGCCCCCCCCAAUCUCUCAGUCCUUGUUACACUCUGUGUGCUGUCAUAGUACCACCAACCCCGAACGUCAGCUGCAAUGUUGCUGUCUUCCAUUCAGCAGCCUCACAGCCCAUGGGUAGAAACUGUCAUUUAACCUGUUAGUGCGGCUUAUGCUUCUGUAUCUCCUGCCCGAGGGCACUAAGUUCAGCAUCAUUUUCUCUCCCCUCCCUUGCUCUCAAGUGGAGAUGGGGAACCUGCAGCCCUCCAGACUUCCAAUUCCCAUCAGUGCCAGCCAGUAUGGUUGAUGGUCACUCUGGAGUGAUGGGAACUAGUUCAGGGACAUCUGGAGGACCACAGGUUCACCAUCUUUGAUGUAGGGCUUCCCAUUGCGUCAUAUAUUGAUGCUGCUGCAGUUUAUGCUAUUGGUAGUCUUACGGGUGUGGGGGCUCUGGUACCAUGCCAAAUGGUGUUGGUGCUGGGGAACUGUUGGACGCUGGACCUUGAAUCAUUUCCUAACACAUGCACUGAAAAAUUCUUCAAAACAAUUCUUAGACUGCAGGGAUUAGAGCACUGUGUUGUUACAGGUGAAGUUGCUGCUUUGGUCUUGGUGGCAGUUCUUUGGGGAGGAACCAAUCCAUUUUUGAAAAGAGGAACUGAGGGUCUGGAGCGAGUGAAGAGAGAGAGCAGAACUCUACAGCUGCUGGCAGAAAUUAAAUUCCUUUGCCUCAAUUACAAGUACGUGGUGCCAUUUGUGCUCAACCAGUGUGGCUCUUUUGUCUACUAUCUUACUUUAGCAUCUACAGACCUGACCUUGGCUGUACCUCUUUGUAACUCUCUGGCUCUGAUGUUCACAUUAGCAAUGGGGAAGGUUCUUGGAGAAGACAUUGGUGGUGCAAGGGCUGCACUGGGAAUGCUACUGACAGCUUUGGGAGUUGCACUCUGCAUAGCUGGGUCUGUACAUGAGACAUCAUGAGAACCGUCUUGGAAGGAGGGCAGAAUUUGUGGAAGGCAACAGUUCUCCAUGCUAAUGCUGGCUCUACUCGUAGGACACACACACAGCAUCUUUGGAGGCACCCAGUGGACUCCGCACAAGCUUAGAGCUCUCAAGGCCUGAAGGGAAAGCAUUGUCUUCCUUAACCUCUAGCCCCACUGGUUGGCAGUGGGCCCUGGGUGGAGUGACUUGGCAAUGGGAUGCUCCUGCCAGCCUGUCCACAGCAGAACCCCUGAGAGUUCUGGGGGUGCCUUCACAUUAGUGGUACAAUAAGGAGCACUUUCAACUUGGGCAGAGUUUGUUCAAAGUGCUCAAGAGAGCAAUUUUCUGCAAAGGUGAACUAAAAGUGCAGGCAUUCCUGCUAGUGCACAUGCAGAGCUGUGAGGCAGGACAGUGGAAGAAGACAUUGGAAGUGCUGAACUGUAAAGCCCCAAACAGCAUCAUCUGAAGGACUGCUUAGGCUUAUGUGAAGUUGCCUAAGCACUGAAAUUGGCUUUGGUAGCCCUGUUCUCUGGCCCAUAAUUAGUUAAGAUCAGAAGGGCAUGCAGAAAGGUUGGAGGACAAUAUGUUGGGAAAGUCUGGUCUAGGCUAAUGCCUAGAUUUUUUCUGUGGAUUUACUCUUUGAUGCUUAUUUUAAUUGUUUCUUAAUCACAGUAUAAGCCACCAUAGAAAGUUGUUACCUGGAUGGGUGAUGUGUAAAUGAUGGUAAACAAAUAAAAAACAAUUCUGCAUUUGAGUACCAGUAUGUGCAGAGUGGCUUUUCCCUGCCACUGUGCAACUACAGCUCCCCACCCACCCAAACCACUGGAAAGGGCAGGCUGGGCAGGGCAUCUUGAGCUCCAGCACUAAAGAAAAAAUAAAUGAAAUAAACCCCUGAUAACUCUGGGCAAAGCAUAAAUCUUGUGUUGGCUACAUUUGCAAAGUUUCAGGUGUGGACAGCUUUACCCUCUUCUUCAGAAACUCCCCAGUGUUUUCAAUGAACUCCAGAAAGAGUAAUUAGUUGACCACAUGUGGGACUUGCAACAGAGUGUUGCAGUGGUUGUUGGUGGUUUUUUUUAAUUAAAAAAAAAAUUAAAGAUUUUCUUGGUUUACAUAAGUACAGUGGUACCUUGAGUUACAAAUGCCUCAGGUUACAAAACGCAGGUUACAAACUCCGCUAACCUGGAAGAGUUACCUUGAGUUGAGAACUUUGCGCCGGCAGCACAACAGCAGCAAGAGGCCCCAUUAGCGAAAACACGCCUCUAGUUAAGAACAGUUUCAGGUUAAGAACGGACCUCCAGAAUGAAUUAAGUUCGUAACUAGAGGUACCACUGUAGGUGCAUUGCUUCUUUUUUCUGGUUGUAAAGUCUUUUCUACAGAUUGGUUACGUUUGAUAUGAGACAUCAGUGUUGUAUACAGUAUACAGUCAGGGAAGAAGCGGGGGGGCAGGGAGAGAGGAGGGGUGGUGGUGAGUUCAGCAGCACCCCUCCCCACAAAUCAGUAUUCUGUGGCCACUGAACAUGUCUAGUCUUCAUUUUUCUAUUUUAAUUUUUUUAUAGAAACAUUAGCACUCCCCACCCUCUAAGCCUUCAGAAACACACCCCAUGUGUGUAGAUUCUCCUUGUAUAUAUACUGCUAAUGUAGCAAAGUACAGCAGAACAAGAAAGCAAAGAUUCAAGAAGAUAACUGUGCUGAAGACACAUGUUUCCAUUUCACCUUUAUUCCACAGAGUGUGGUGGUUUGCAUGUUACAACAUCUCUGCCUCAGUAUCACUCAAGGAAUAAAUAG